AUUACCAUCGAGCAUUAACGAUCUGCAAAACGGAAACAGUUUAUACAUAUAAUAAAACGAGAUGUCGGAAGAGGAUUCCCGGAAGGACGAGCGCGAGCUCGAAGAGCGGGAAACAAGAAGAGAUGACGAUGGAAUACAUGAAGAGAUUUAUGAUUCAAACAAAUAUAUAUCCGAGGCAAAACGUGUGCCAAAUGGAACCGUACCUAUGAAUAUUUUACAGUUUCAUCACUCGUUUUCAUACGAUUGUCGAAGAUACUUUAAUCUUUGUGUGGCGGAACCAAAUGUUGUCAUCUUUAUUUCUGGUAACAUAUUACAUUUUUUAGAUACUGUGACAAACAAGUUAUGGUUUAGAAGAGGAUACACGGGUGGUGGAAUCGGACAUGUAACGAAAAAUCCAAUGUUUAAUCAUAUAGCUGUUGGCGAAAAUGGAAAUAAACCUCCAAUAAUAAUCUACAAAUGGUCUUCAAUGGAUAUUGUAACAAUUUUACACAAUGGCACAUUGAAAUGCUAUUGUUAUUUAGCAUAUAGCACAGAUGGUUCAUUGCUGGUUUCACAAGGAGGAGAUCCAGAUUAUACCAUCACAAUUUGGAACUGGCAGAAGUCUGAAAUAAUAUUAAAAUGUAAAUCUUACAAUCGGGACGUUUAUAAUGUAACAAUAUCUCCAUCAUUACCUGGAUAUUUAGCGACGAGUGGUUCAGAACAUAUAAAAUUCUGGAAAAUCUCUGAAACAUUCACUGGUCUUAAAUUAAAAGGCGAUAUUGGUCGAUUUGGACAAACGGAAAUCUCUGACAUUGUCGGCGUGUAUAUCAUGCCAGAUGGAAAGGUCAUAUCAGGCUGUGAAUGGGGAAAUAUUUUACUGUGGGAAGAAGGUCUGAUUACUCUUGAGAUAUGUAGAAAAAACCGACAGCCAUGUCACGCUAAAGCGAUCACACAAUUUGAGUAUAUGAAUGGGGAACUCAUAUCAGUUGGUAUGGAUGGAUGGAUUCGAAUUUGGUUUUACGAAACUAUAGAUCAAGCAUAUUCGCACAAUAGAGAACGUUUUCUAGAGAUUCAACCUAUAUAUGAAUAUCACAUCAGUGAGGAUAAUGGAGAUAGCUCAAUGCUAAUGUGUAUAUGUAAGCAAGAAUCAGAUAAUCCGAAAAGUACAUUUUGGUAUGCUCAAGAUGGAAACGGUGGAAUCUGGUUAAUAGAUUUACAUACCUCAAAACCAGAUCCACCACGAAAAAUAUUUACGUGUCAUGCAGGAGCUAUAGCUGAUAUGGCUAAUGCAACAUGGGGUCCCUUUAUAGCUACAUUAAGUAAAGUUGGACAGCUGCAUAUUUAUAAUUACAUAGAAAAAAGGUUAAUUCUAGUGCAUAAGUUUAACGACAUUGGCACUCAAGUUGUCUGGUUCCCAUGUCAGAUUGAAGCAACAGGAUCAACACUUGCUUGUGCUUUCGGAAGCGGUGUUAUUCGUGUAAUUGUUGUAGCGGUCUUAAUGGCUGAUGCUGCUAAUGAUAUAAAAGGAGAUUAUGUUAGAUUGAUUCAAGUCAUAAAACCACACAAAAUGGCAAUAACGGCAAUGUCUUUAAAUACAUCGUGCAGCUUACUGGUGACUGGUAGCGAAGAUUCAACCAUAUUUACUUUCACCGUUAUGACAACUGAAAGUUUUCCUAUCAUUACACCAAUUGGUUUCAUUAAAGUACCUUCAGGAGUCACGUGUCUCACAUGGAAACCACAACGUGAUACAACAUUAUUAAUUGGAUGCUCGCAAGGUGAUUGCGUAGAAGUUACAUUACCGAGUACACCCCAACCGUACACUAUUGCCUCGUAUGAACUCAUUCAGUGCCGACCGAAAGCAUUUAAAUUUCAUUCUGUAAAAUCUGCUAUUCGAAAAAAAUUAAUAUACCUAAAGCAGGAGAAAGAAAGAAAAGAAAAGCUUGCGAAAAGGCACAAAGAAGCGACACAAUUAUUAGUUGAAAGACCUGGAAUGGAAAUUAACGAAGAAGCGUUUCUCGAUAUAAAAGAAAAAGAAUCCUUGCCGGAAAUAUACAUACCAAAAAUACCAAACAAGGUAUUGAUAGCACAAUAUAUUAGUCAGGACAUUAUCUGGUUAUCAAUGGGAGGAUUUGACGCUGGAUAUAUGUAUGAAUAUCCAAGUCCGGAAGUUGUUGAAAUUAUUGGAAAGGAACCUGUUAAAAGUACUAUAAUAUACGAGGCGGAUGAUAUAGAAAUACGAAGUUAUCUCUUCUAUAAAGGAAGAAAGUAUUUGUUUCUCGGAAUGGAGCACGGACAAAUACGGAUUUGCAAAUGGAAACCCGAAGACUAUACAGAUCUUUCCGAUUACUGGAUACUUCCAAUGCACGAUAAUUACAAUGGUUACAUUCCAAAAAUGAUUCUCAGCCAUGAUCAAAAGAUGUUAUUUACAUGUGGAUACGACGGGAAUUUAUUUUCUUACGAGAUAAACGAUGAUAUGCCACUCGAAAACAUUGAAUUUGAAACAAUUAAAGGAACUUUAUCCUUGCCGUAUGCUAGCGUCGAAGAUAUUGAAGAAAUCGAUCACGCAAGUCUGGAAGAGAUGAUUCAACAAGCUGAACAUGACAGAAUAGCAAUUGCAGCGAAGCAGAGUAGGCAACAAACAUUGGAGACAUUGCUCAAAUUAAGCGAAGAGUAUAAGAAGAUCAUGGAAAGAAAUAAUGCUUUACCAGAAUCUCAUCAAAUAACUGACAAAGAAUUGGAACUAGAUCCUAGAAUCACAGAUGAUCUAAAUAAGGAAUUGGACGCAGAAAUGGCUAUAGUAAGAGAGAAAUUGGCGUUUCAAAUGGAGAAGAGCGAGCUUGGAUUGCAAAAACUUCUGAAACAUUUUGUUCAACCUAUUACAUGCUUACCAUUCGUCGUUUGUAAAAUAUCAAAACCAGAUAAUGUAGUAUAUUCCCUGCGUCAACACAUCUUGGAUCCUAACAUCACUUUGCCGGAUAUCACUACCACAAAAAGCAUACAUAAAUCUGACAAACAAGUCAUUGGAAAUGGUGUGACGGACGAUAAAACGCAAAAUAAUGAAAAAGAACAACGAGAAAAUGAUAAAGUGGAAGAAGAAAUUGAGGUGAUAAAAAUGAAAGAGCAGCCAAUCGCGGAUUUUUUAAAAGAUAUUAAUUACGAAGCUAUGGACAGCAGUUUAGGAAUUCAGUUAAAUCAAUUGUUACGUAAAUAUACCUUGAGAAAAACAAGAUUGGAACAACGAGAGAAAGAAUGGAAAGUUAUAUAUAAUCAAAAACCAGAUAUAUCUGUUACUCAUGCGCACGAUAUGCUCGCUAUAGAGGAAGCAAAAAGGACUAUCGGUGAUUACAAAUUAAAGACAUCUCCAACUUUUGAUUUGCUAUCAAAAGAUCGAGAUACACUGUUUUCAAAAUAUAAAGAACUAUUAAAUUGCCGAAAAAAGGUUUAUUAUUUGCAAGAAGCUUUUAACACGAGACUGAAGGCUGUGAGAACAGAAAAAGAACAUCUGCACGUGGAAGUUUUACAUUUAAUAAAAUCCCUCAAAAAGAUUCAUGCUGAAAUACCAUUGAAAAGUGUGAAACCUUUUCCAAUUAUUCCUACGUUAAAUAUUAAUGUAGAAUUUCCCGAGAGAAAAAUAAUGAUCGAGAAAUAUACAAAGAAUGCAGAAAGACAAAAAGAAACAACGGUUUUAUCAGAGCAAACGCAUAUCUGUUCAGACGAAGAAUACGAAGUGUUACUAUUAGAUGAAAAAUUUUUAGAAAAUACAAUAACUUCUAAUGGACCAUUAGUGUCAUUUCUUACCGUGGAAAAAGAAAUAAAAAUCCAAUCCGCUGUUCAAAAUAAUAUGAAAUUACUUCAUUUAAGCGACGACACCGACAGUCCGUGGGAACGAGAAAUGAAAACCUCUCGUAUGUUACGCAAAAUAUACGAACAAGAUUGCGUAUUGAGACGCAUACAAACCAACUACGAAAAUUUGGACAAGAAAUUAGAAAAGUUAGAGCGCGAUAGAUUAGACGUUGUCGCCGAAAAUAUCAAUCUCAAUUUAUUUUUAUUGACGCUCCGUCAAGAAUACAUUAUUUUGAAAGAAUACGAGACAAUGGAAAAUGUAUUGCAAGAUCAAGUUGGCCAGAGAUCAGAAGAGAUCGCAGUAGUGAAGCAUAAAAUAUCGAUGGCUACCGACAAAGUUGAUAUAAAAAUGAAAGAAAUUACGAAAUUACGCAAUCAGAUUAAAGAUAUUUCUUCCGAAUACAUGCGUAGAAUAAACGAUAACAGAUUCCGUAAUUUUCUAUGCAGAAUAAUGAGAAAGAAAUAUAAAGAGACGAAGGAAGAUGAUGAAACCACCACGACAACAACCGAGACGGAUUCAGAUGAAACGGAAACUAUCGAUAGCAAAGAAUCGGAUUUGCUUUAUCUCGAUGAAAACGUAUGUCCGCCAGGAUGUGAUAAAACAUUAUAUGACUUAGCAUUUUCGACGAGAGAAAAACGAUAUGCAUGCGAACAUCAGAUCAAAGAUGCACAACGGGUUGUAGAGAGCCUCCAGAAAGAAAUUCAAAUUCAGAUGAAGAAACUAAAACUCACAGAGAGUAACUUGAAGAAAGACGAGGAUGAUUUAAAAAUAUUUAUGUUUAAGAAACAACAGAAAUUAAAUGAUGUGGAUGUCACGGUAAUAAUGAAAUUGCAUCAAUUACAAUAUUUCGAGGAGUCUCAUGUUCCAUCUAAAGUGCAUGACUGCGUAGUAUUCGAUAAAAUAAAAUUAUCUAAAUUAUAUGCGAGAAUACAAGAAUUGCACGAGGAAAUACUCGAGUUACAUAAAAAACACAAACACGCUCGAAAGCAUCUGCAAAAAAUUAAACUUGAUUGCGAUCGUAUGCGUGUUAAUAAUAAAGCUUUGAAAAAUGAGAUAAAACUGAAGAUAAUGAAUAAAUUCGGUCAGGAUAUAUCCUUAAAUAAAUUGUAUGAAACGAUACUCCGUAGGAUAGUAUAUGAUAUUAAAGCCAAUUUGGAUGAGACAACAAUAUAUUUCACUAAACAAAUCAAACGUGUCAAAGAAAGUUAUGCAGAAGAGUUGGUUAUAUUCAAUAAGCUGAUUCGAGAACACACACAAAAGUUAAAUUUUCUAACACUUUUAGUAGAGGAACAAUCAAAGCUUCAAAAAUUGUCAAAGCGACAUAUCAUGUCAGAGGAGGAAAUACUGCAAUUGGAAGAGAAAUAUAAAAGUGAUAUAAUGAAAUUGGAGAGGAUUCUUGAAAAUCAAAUGCAACAGAAAUAUCUAUUUCAGAAUGAUAUAAAAAAUCUCAAAUUAAAAACAAAAUCACAAUGUCCGAUCCAGAAAGAAACAAUAUCCUGUAAUAAGGAUGAAUAAAAUAACAAAAUAUCUGUAUAUUUUGGUAUUAUUGGCCAUUAGAACACUAAUUUUAUUAUGGACAAAGAUGAAUAAGUUUUAACAUUGAUAAUUUGAAAAACUUUACACAUGAAAGAAUUUUUGAAAAGAUAAAUAGUGAUUAAUUAUAUAUAUCCUGAAUAGAGUUAACAAAAUGCAAUUGAUUUCUGCGAUUAUUUCAUAACUUCAUAAUGUAAUUACGAUAAUUACGAAAGAAAUCAUAUAAAAUAAUGAAUGUAUUAAUUAAAUAGAUUUAUUCGUUAAACCACCGUUCUUUCUAUAUUCGUUGCAUUUUAUUUAUCGCUUAUAUAUAACAAUUAUAUGAUAGCUGUACAAAUACAUAAGUUUUAUUAUAUAUACACAUAUAGCGAUUUAAUAAUAAAUAAUAACAUACUUGCUUAAUAAAAAGGUAUCGUAAUAAGUC